CUUCCCAAACGUAGAACAAAACGUGUAGUUCCUCUUUUUACAACUUGUAAAAGGUCUGACGUAUUUUCGAUGACGUCAUCUACAUAGCGCUGUCUCGAAUGUGUUGUUCGCAUCAAGUUUUCUGCAAACAACAACGAUGGAUAGCGUAGCCAGUUCCACAGUUAACCCACAAGGCUCUAUGGGUUUGCAUCAGAAUAAUUACAGCCAAAGUAUAAACAACGAACGAACGAUAGUUCAUGUGUUUAAAUUCUUUCGCGACCGAUAUGUUUUUAAGAUAAAAGAUGGCGGUUUGCAAAGCAAGGAUUCUGACGACCAUGAUGACGCAAUGACAACUACUGAUAACGAAGAUUCACCACUUGAAACAAUCUUCUCAAUAAAUCUUGAUGAUUUACCUUAUUAUUGCAAACUUAUCGUUUUAUCGAAACUCGACGCUUCAGACAUUAAUCAUCUUUCUAUGACAAGCAAGCACUGGAGGGCGGUAUGCAGCGACCAGAUAUUGUGGCGAGAGUUAUUGUACACGGACAUGCUCAAGUGGCCAAACAUUGGAAACAAGAGUAUUCCGUUAUUAUCAUUAGCUGAAUACUUUAAAACAACAAACACAACAGCGGUGGUUUGUCAUAACGGUGAACUUCCUAAUAUUGCUUAUGACUUAUAUGCGAGGUUAUGCAGCAGGAACAAUGUUAAUUACAAAGCUUUGUAUUUUCACUCUGCGUACCAGCGUGUACAAGACCACACGUUCAUUGGCGUCAAACACACAAGUAAUGAUGUGGAAACGUCAAUAAACAACUUAAGUGAGACACAAGACACGACACUCGCCGCAACUCAAACCUUUCCAAGAUUUCUUCGUAGUUUAUGGAUGAGAAUGAGAUCGGGAAACGGUGAAGUUAUCAUGCUUGGUCCUGGCAUGGAGUCAACAAACACAAGUAAAAUAUUCUCUCGACUGCUUUGGGCGCGACCAGAUUUGCUGAUGACGGUACGUUUGCUACCGGGAAGUCAAGACGGUGUGGGGUCCGGCGUCGAGCUCGAGUUCAAGGGUGAAAAGAGGUUUAACCUUAUCGCUCUAUACUCCGGUAACCAUAGAGACCGGGCAAAAAGAUCGGGAAUGGAUCGAUUGAGGAGGAGCAAUAUACUUGAUGCUGUGGAGCAAAAUGUAGGUGAAGAUACGUCAACAUUUGAUCCUUACCUACCUGCUUUCAAACUUCAUGAAACUGUCCUUAACUUCUUAAACAAAAGAACGGAGACGUACAGACUCAUCUAUGUGGUUGAUGCAACUAAAAAUCAAUCGCUACAAAAUCUGUCCUGUAACCGACUUGAGUUAAAAGCUUUAUUGGACGGUGUUCGUCACUGUGAGCAAGGACGGGAUUUGAAUCCUUCAUCAAUUCUGCGUCGACCACUGCUUGUUUUAUGUUGUGUUGAUGUUUCGACAACUGAACGAAUAUCGUGCGUUGAAGUUUCUUCUUUACUUGACCUUCCCGCGAUCACAGAUAGACCGUGGUUCGCACAAGAUAUUAACGUCAGUAAUUUGAACGGGUUGGAAAAUGCUCUCGUUUGGCUGUUCAAACAACUUUGAUAAUUAUUCAGAAAAUUUGUAAUUUUUAAGUUUUUUUAUCAAGAAAUAUUUUUACUGUUUUGUUUUAUUAAAACAAAUGUUAACUGUUUUUAAACUAAAAAAAUAAUUUCGAAUUUUUACUAGGCAAUUUUAUUGUGUUUUUUUGUUGGAAAAAAUGUUAGAAUGUAAAUUAUUUGUUUUUUUUAUUCUUUUUUUACAAAAGUGAAUGUUAAUCAAGUUAGAUGUGAAUUGACAUAAAGUUUCCUGCUGUUCUACCGUUAGUUUCAACAAAUACUGCUCAAAUAUUUCUCUAGAUAUUGUGUCUUGUUUCACAAAAAAAAAACAUAUGUUAUUUUAUUAGGUUGUUUGCUCUAUGCAAUAUACUAAAACAACAUUGAGUUAACCUCAUAUUCUCUCAUAUAUUAGUUAAUCAUCAUUUGACGUCACUAACUUUAUGUAAAACAGGUCUAAGUUGACCGACCCUCGAAUUUCACGGUGGCAACUGGCAAAUGCCACAGACUACUUUCACAAAAAGUCUGAAAAUGCUUUGUUUAACUUGUUGUUUCUAUCUUUUGUUAUAUAUUACCUGGUUAAGGUGUAAAUAUGGUCUCGAACAUUGAUGUUCGAUCAAAGUGAUAUGUUCACCCCAUAUGUUUAACAUCGUUUCAAACGCCUCAUAAAUGGUCAUGAGAUUGAAUGUUAAAUACAUUUUCUUUACUAUCUUUC